CUCAAAUAUUUUCAUCAAAACGAAGCCACACAGCCUAUAUAAUGAGGGCAGGAGGUGAAGUGAAUUCACGGAGCUGCCACACUUGGUUAUAACAAUGUUGUUUCUCUUUGGGAUUUUCUUCAUCCUCAAGUUCUCCUCUUCCAUAGAUGCAACCACCACAAUAGUGGUGGGAGCAGGGAUGUCAGGAAUAAUGGCAGCCAAAACGUUGUCGGAGAAGGGAGUGAAGGAUUUUGUAAUUCUUGAAGCAACGAAUAGAAUUGGGGGGAGAAUGUACAAAGAGUCGAUUGCAGGGUAUACUGUAGAGAAAGGGGCUAACUGGGUGGAAGGCGUGGGAGGCCCCAAAAUGAAUCCUCGACCUGUUUUUCGGGAAUUUUGGAAUUUAAUGCGCUAA